GUAUUUAAUCUUUAUUAGCAUUUACCAGCAAGCUCACAACACUCCCACCUCCGUCCAAAAUGCACCCAAUCCUCCUCUCUCCCAUCCUCAACCUCCUCCUUCUCCUCUUCUUCUUCUACUCCUUGGACGCCACGACAUCGUUUUGGCCUAAGGAAACACAGGAAACACAGCCUAAGGAAACCCCUUCCGUCUGCUCCCAGACUUUCGCCUGUGGCCCGCUCCAAGGCCUCUCAUACCCGUUCACCGGCGGGGCGCGCCCUGGCCAUUGUGGUCCACCGGAGUUCCACAUCAGCUGCGUGGAUGACUCGCCCGAGCUGACCAUCAUGUCGCUGAGGUACCGAAUUCUCGAACUCAACCUGGUUCACAAAAAUCUAAGGUUAGUCCGCUCAGACCUCUGGAACUCGACAUGCACAGACAAACUCGCCAACGUAACUAUCAAAUCCGAGUUCUUCGCCUCCAGUGAGAACGACGACACGGAGGUGUCCAUUUUCUACGGCUGUAAUUCCUCUACCAUUACCCCAAAGCCUGAGAAUUGGUUUCCCUGCAACGUCAAUCUGCCUUUCAACGACUCUUAUUACCUGAUGGGGACGUUCCCGAUCCACCCGAUUAUGGGCGAUGUCAACUGUGAGAUUGAAACUACAGUGCCGAUUCUCAAGACCGCGGCUGCGAAGCUCGGUGCCAAUAGGUCGCUGUUUCAGGAAGCGAUCAUGGAAGGCUUUAAUGUUAACUAUACCAACCCUUAUGAUAAUGAAUGCGCUAAAUGUCUUUAUUUUAAAGGGGGCUGUGGGUUUGACUCCAAUUCGAGCCGGCCCGUUUGCUUUUGUGGGGAUCGGGUUUGCGACAUAUCAGGGAUUGUAGCGGGUGUAACUUCCGCCAUUGUUUUCAUUGUUUUUAUGGUAUACACAUUAAAAAAAGAAGUGCUUUUCUUCAAGAAAUAUAAGAAGAAUGAGAUUGACAUCCAGGAAGUUAUAACAAAUAAUGGAUGGAUGGCCCCAAAGAGGUAUAGUUACUCCGAUGUGAAGAAGAUGACUCAUUGGUUCAAAGAUCAAAUAGGUAAAGGAGGAUAUGGCACAGUAUACAGAGGAAAGCUACCUGAUGGCCUUCUGGUGGCAGUUAAAGUCCUAAGUGAGUCCAAGGGUAAUGGAGAAGACUUCAUUAAUGAAGUUGCUAGCAUUGGUAGAACUUCCCAUGUCAACAUAGUCACUCUUUGUGGAUUCUGUUAUGAGAGGGACAAAAGAGCUUUGAUUUAUGAAUUCAUGCCUAAUGGAUCUCUGGAUAAUUUCAUACGUAAGCAAGGAUCUGAAAUGGCAAAUUCUCGCUUAGAAUGGAAACAACUAUCUGAAAUUGCAGUCGGCAUUGCCCGAGGACUAGAAUACUUACACCGUGGAUGUAAAACAAGAAUUGUGCAUUUUGACAUAAAGCCACAGAACAUUCUUUUGGACAAAGAUUUUUGCCCAAAAGUAGCUGAUUUUGGCCUUGCCAAAUUGUGCAAAAGAAAGGAGAGUAUCGUAUCGAUGCUUGGGACAAGGGGAACUGCUGGAUACAUCGCACCAGAAGUAUUUAGCUGGAACUUUGGAGGCGUAUCUCACAAAUGUGAUGUUUACAGCUACGGGAUGUUGGUUCUUGAAAUGGUUGGAGCAAGAAAGAAUUUGGAUUCGGCAGUGUCUCAUACGAGUGAAAUGUUUCCGCAUUACAUUUAUAAAGAUCUAGAGCUAGACAAGGAUGAGAAUGUUUUUGGGGCAACCACAGAGGAGGAAAAACAAAUAGCAAGAAAGAUGGUAUUAAUAAGUCUGUGGUGCAUUCAGACCAAUCCUUCUGAUCGGCCAUCAAUGAGCAAAGUGGUAGAGAUGCUGGAAGGACCCCUUCAUUCCUUGCAAAUUGCACCAAAGCCUUUGUUGGUUUCUCCUACAAUAGCUGCAGAAGACUGUAUGACCACAUCUCAACCAUCUGAAACAGAAGACUCUAUGACCACAUCAAAGCCUUUGCGUGUAAGCUUAAGACAUAUCGGUAUAUUAAACUAUGAUGUUUCAAUUGGAUUUGACAUUGUAGCGGAAUUUGUUUGUGGGAUAUAUAUGCUUUGGGAAGUAUACAGAUCUUUGGGUGAGGAUGAUGAGCAAUACCUCAACUGCAGUGCUUCGUUUCCAUGCGCAAAUAUUCCGAAUAUUGGUUACCCUUUUUGGGGAUCAAGCCGGCCCGAUUAUUGUGGCUACCCGGAAUUCAAGUUGAACUGCACUGGGGACGCCCCAGUGAUCUCAUUCCAGGACGAAGAUUAUCGAGUCCUGGAUAUCAACCAAAGUGCAAGUACUCUCAGAAUCGCUAGGACAGACUACUGGAACAACGUUUGUCCUGUGUCACCUGGCAACACCACAAUAGAAGUAAACCAUGUAGAAUAUGCUUCAGAUGUUGAAGAACUACUGCUGUUCUAUGACUGCCCCCCACUCAAUAUUCCUCUUCCAAUUCAGCUAACAAGUCAGUUCAACUGCAGCAUAAACAGCACUGCCAAUUACAUCAAUUACUUUAUCACACAAAACCUCACGAAUUCAGGGCUUACGAAUAUUCGUGAUACCUUUGCAACGUGCAACACGACUAUCACUACCCGCGCUUCGCAAUCAGCGAGUGUGAAUUUGGCUAUGAAUUCGACCAAGGACAAUCUAGUUGCUGAUCUUGAUUCCGGUUUUGGGUUGACAUGGGAUGCAAGUAAUAACUUGUGUAAGCAAUGUAACGGAUCUGGUGGUCAGUGCGGCUACAAUACAUCUACAACUGAGUUCACGUACUUAGCAGCCAAUGCCAAAGGGCUUUGGCUCAAAUUAUCCACCAAGAGACAUUGUCAGCAGUGGGACUCGAACCUAGGCCUUGAUAGCAAAGAUAAAGGGUCUUUACCAAUUGAACCAACCCUCGUUGUUUCAGGAAAAAAGAAGGAAAUUGCAAUGGGUUUGGCUGUUGGAUUUUACGUGAUGGUAAUCAUUCUUUGUAUUAUAUGCAUAGCAAGGAAAAGAACGGUCAAGAAAGAUAAGAGGGAUGAGUUUGAUGCUGAGGCUAAGAGGGAUGAGUUUGAUGUUGAGGCAUUUAUAAGGAACUAUGGAUCGCUUACUCCAAAGAGGUAUACCUACGCAAACGUCAAGCAAAUGACAGACUCUUUCAAAGAUAAAAUAGGUAAAGGUGGAUAUGGAACCGUGUACAAAGGCAGGCUACCAGAUGGCCUUCUCGUGGCGGUCAAAGUUCUAAGCGAGUCCAAGGGUAAUGGAGAAGACUUUAUUAAUGAAGUUGCGAGCAUUGGUAGAACCUCCCAUGUCAACAUAGUCAUUCUUUAUGGAUUCUGUUAUGAGCGGGACAUAACAGCUUUGAUUUAUGAGUUCAUGCCUAACGGAUCUCUGGAUAAUUUCAUACAUAAGCAUGGAUCUGAAAUGGCAAAUUGUCGCCUAGAGUGGAAAACACCAUCUGAAAUUGCAGUUGGCACUGCUCGGGGACUAGAAUACUUACAUCGUGGAUGUAACACAAGAAUUUUGCAUUUUGACAUAAAGCCACAGAACAUUCUUCUCGACAAAGAUUUUCGCCCAAAAAUCUCUGAUUUUGGCCUUGCCAAAUUAUGCAAAACGAAUGACAGUAUUGUAUCGAUGAUGGGGGCAAGAGGAACUGCAGGAUACAUUGCACCAGAAGUGUUUAGCCGGAACUUUGGUGGAGUAUCUUACAAAUCUGAUGUUUACAGCUACGGGAUGUUGGUUCUUGAAAUGGUUGGAGCAAAAAAGAAUUUGGAUCCGGGAGUGUAUCAUACGAGUCAAAUGUUUCCAGAUUAUGUUUAUAAAGAUCUAGAGCUAGAAAAGGAUGAAAAUGCAUUUGGGGCAAUCACAGAGGAGGAAAAAGAAAUAGCAAGAAAGAUGGUAUUAAUAAGUCUGUGGUGCAUUCAGACCAUUCCUUCUGAUCGGCCAUCAAUGAGCAAAGUUGUAGAGAUGUUGGAAGGCCCCCUUCAUUCCUUGCCAAUUGCACCCAAGCCUUUCUUGUCUUCUCCUACAAUAGCUGCAGAAGACUCUAUGACUACAGUAGCUGCAGAAGACUCUGUGACCACAUCCCAACCAUCUGAAAUGGACUAAGGCAAUUAGUUUCAUUAGAAGAUCUCUUGUAAGAAAGUUGGCUUGGU